UCCUGUGCUGCUCUCAUUCCUGGCAUUGUCAAAACGGGUUGUAGAAUAAUGUUCCAACACGACACUGUGUGACAGCGCAACCAGGAAAUUCUUUUUAGGUUUCUCUGGUUGCUGAGUUACAGGAGGUUUGUCAGAUGAAGUACUGUCAAUAUAUAGCAGUCUGGUUUUCAGAAAGCAUGUACAGCCACAAAGAUAAGAGAAAGCAAAUCAUUACUGACUUUGUAAAGAAAAACUGCAUCAAUGGGUAUCCUCCUAAGCAGGCUUCACCAAGCAAUAAUGAACUUCUCUGGCACUAAUGCUCGGAUCAUAAUGCUGGGUCUGGACGCUGCUGGAAAGACUACAAUUCUAUAUAAGCUGAAGUUGAACGAAGCCGUCUGUACAAUCCCCACUAUUGGGUUCAAUGUUGAGACUGUUGAACCCAUUCAGAACGUGACCUUCACUGUUUGGGAUGUAGGAGGCCAGGACAAGAUUCGAGUCCUGUGGAAGCACUAUUUUCAAAACACAGAUGGCCUUGUUUUUGUGGUGGAUAGCGCUGACCCUGAGCGAUUCAAAGAUGCCCGUUCAGAACUAGAAUCCAUCUUGGAAGCUGAUGAAAUGAAAGGAGUACCCUUCUUAGUACUUGCUAAUAAGCAGGAUGUUUUUGGUGCCAGGAGACCUGGUGAACUGGUGGAGGAGUUGGGGCUGAGGAGCCUAAGAGGACACCAAUGGCAUGUCCAGGGAUGCUGUGCCACCACUGGUGACGGGCUUGUGGGGGGUCUGGAGAUCCUCACCAACUUUGUGAAAGAGUUCAAGAAAAGAAAACCCUACUGAGAUGAAAAAGACAUAUUUGUCUAUGGUCUCCAAACAACUCUGGAAUACCUUCAACAACUCUGCAACUAUGACUCUGUAUUACAUUGCACAAAAGCCAUGUUAGUGACUCUUUGCUUCUUCAGUCACUGUUACCAUUCCAGGUCUUCCAUCACAACUAUUAAUGGGACAAAAUCUGUUUUAAUAGUGCCAGUUUGGACACAUAUAAUGAUUUAGGAUAAUGGCAUGGAUGAGGACCCCAGGCAGUGCUUCUUCUUCUUCUUCUUCUUCUUAUUCUUCUUCUUCACUUGUCUAAGACAGAUGACUUAACAGAACUACACAUAUUCCUACAGGAUCCAAAACUGACGUCCUUAGACAAGUAAUACAGACCUUCUAAUGACAAAAAGAAGAAACUACACUUUGCCUCUGCGUUUAAUUUUUUUGAAUUCAAUGUGUCCCGGGCACUUCGGUAAGUUUGCCACAGCCAACAACCCCUGUUUCUGCACCACAGAUGAAGGGCUAAGUUUGCAACUGCAUGGCAUUCAUGUGAUAUAAAUCACUUGAUGUUAUAGACCUCAGCUUUUCAUAGCCAUUUACUUUAUUAAAAUCCACUUUAAAUUCAGUGAAAGCUAACACUGUGUACUGUAUACUGUAUACUGUGUAUAUUUAAAUGUUGUUUACUAUGCACCUUUUUAAUUUUGAGAAUGCAUACAAUUCAUGUUCCUCUUUUAAUAAAAUGUGCUGAUUAUUAA